UGGGUGUUAAUAAGGAUAAACUACUGGAUAUUUUUGCUAGCAGCGGCGUGACGAGCGCGCCCAGUAUGGCUAGCAAAGAUCUUUAGGCGGCAAGUACCAGCAUUCACUACCAACGACCAAACUCUUCGACACCACCAUGGAGGCAAAGAUUCGCAGUUCAAUGAACAGCGUUUCCAUUCCGAACAGUUUGAGCAUAAGCGCUUCAAACACAAUUCCUAGCACCAAACAUCAGGACCAACCGCUUGCAACAACCGAGGAGGAAAAGAAACCCAAGGAUGACGCGUUAGGCAAAUCGUUUCCCAUAUCAGCCAGCGGCGCGCCAUCAUCUAAGCAGUUUGCUUCCGCAAGCACCGAGCCGCUUGGCCUUGCAGGACGCAGCAUUGAUCUAACUUCAAAAUUUGUCGCUCCGGCUCCGAAACUAGACGAAAAGAAAGUCGAGAAUAAAAGCAAGGAAAAGAUGCUGGAUUUUGCCAUGGCGGCAUCCAUCAGCUCACCAGGAACGGCUGGUGGUAGUGAGAAGAAACUUCCGCUACCAUUCCCGCCAUCACCAUCCGUCAGCGUGCACAUCGUGAAGUCUCCAGCGCCCAGUCCGCACAUCGCUCCUAGCCCGCACUCAGCGACAUCGCCUGGGAUCACCGACGACGAACUCAUGGACGAAGCACUAAUCGGUCUGGGCAAAUAGUGCAGGCUUAUGUACAUACGAGGGUGGAGAUGUUUUAUUACUUAGUUUAUGGUGUGUAGGUAGGAAUGGACGAAAACGUUUGAUUUGUUUGGCAGUGUGAGGAUAGAAUCAAAAGCGGUCGCGUUUGGAUUCCGAUCGAACUCAUAUAGUCAUAGGCUGUGCCUUAUCGAUGGCGUGGUCGGCAUUAGCGUUACGUUCUACGUUCAGCGCUUUCUUUUCUUGUUAUGCUCCUUACAGUCAUCUUUGACAAUCAACGCUCUGUUGUGUUGUGAAAAUCCGUUUUCCUUUUCGAUUGCGCAAUCUGAUUAUGUAAUUUUACUAAUCGCAUAGUACAAAUGUUUCAUUUUCUUUCGACGAUACAUUUAUUGUAAUUAUAUGGUAAUACUGAUAAUUAUUAGAGAGAAAGAUUCAUUCGGCAAUGCGAACACAUGCGAGCGGCGCACGUUGACAAAAAGAAUUAAAUUGUUAAGCCGCGGUGCAUUCGUAAUUACUAAGUAAUGAAUUAAGCGUAAGAGAUGACUAUUAAAUUAAGUGGCUAGAAGUGCUGAAUACACGUAUUCAAUAUUGAAAACUUGUUAAUUCAUUCACUGCAUUUUUAAUGUAAAUAUACUUAAGUACAUCCUACUUUAGUACAAUUUCUGCGUAUUAUUACAUUCAAUCGAGUGAGUUGAUUUAUUUAAAUUAUAUUUAAUUGUUAUCUUACGUACAGUUUUCGCGUCCUGUGUAGCAAUUCGUUCACUUUCGCUUGUAUCCUUCUCGAAUUUGCCCAUGUAUAAUUAAUUGAAUGAUUCGACAAUUUUGAGAAAUUGUUAUUUAUAAAACCGGUCGAUAUCUAUCGAGAAACGAGAGCAGCAGAGAAAUGUAAUGAUAUUGAAAUAAAGAAAAGUUAAUCCGA